AUGCCCUCGUUCUGCUUUAUGGAACGCCUGCGGCACCUCCACAGUCUCGAAAUCCCAGACAUCCAGGAAGACGAGCCUUCUUCCUGCCCUCCAUCCUCCGACAUGAAGGAAGACGACCCUGAACACAUUAACGGUGAUCAUGCUUCUUCUUCUUCUUCUUCUUCCACCGCUCGUGAUUCGGAGAUUCUCACUGGAACAAAGGACCCGUCGUCCUCCGCCUCUAGAGAGAAGUGCAGAGACGCAGAAAGCAAAGUGCAAGCUUCUUGUACUCGGUUCCUGUCCUACUUCGCGAAUUUGGUGUCUCAUUGCGGUCAUGCCUGCAGAAGUCGAGAUGCGGUCCCCAUGAAAGAAGGCACCGCCGAGUACCCAAAUAAUGGUCCUUCGUCUUCUUCUACCGCUCGAGAUCUAAAGUUGCACCAAGAAACAAAGGGGCCGUCAUCAACCUGUGAAGAGGAAUGCAGGCACGUAGAAUUCAAAGAACAAGCUUGUCUGAGUUGGGAUUUCCGUCUAAUGUUGGAUUUCGAUUUUGGGUUUCGAUCUUCCUUCAUGAAGGGAGAUAACCCAGAGUACCACAACAAUGAUACUGCAUCCACGCCUACCGCUCAAGAUCAAGAGUUGCCCUCCGAAACACAGGAACAGAGGUGCAGAAGUCACGAUGCAGUCGCCAAGAGGAGGCCACUGAAGAUGAAGGCCGGAUCAUGCUACAUACCACAGAAGACAAAAUUGAUAGGAGACGACGCUCACUUCGUAUGCGAGCAUGAGCAAGUCGUCGGCGUAGCAGAUGGCGUCGGCGGAUGGGCCAAGUUAGGCGUCGACGCCGGAGAAUAUGCUCGAGAGCUCACGUCUCAUGCCGAGAAAGCGGUUCGUGCAUCACCUGAAGGUUGUGUUGAUCCUCACCAGGUGCUGGCAACAGCUCAUGCUCGCACAAAUGCCUUGGGAUCCUCCACUGCUUGCAUCGUAGCACUCAAAGACCAGUUCAACUUCGCUAUUGGAUUGCGCGUCUUCGGUCACAAACUAUUGUUUCUUGGAUCGCAGUACAUUCAUACGGUGAAUAUUGGCGAUAGUGGCUUUUUGGUGGUCAGAAAUAAUGAAGUAUUCUACCAUUCUCCAACCCAACAACUAAGAUUUAACAGGCCAUAUCAACUCCAAAAAUCUGGAGGCGAAACGCUAAAUGAUGCAGAGAUAAAGUCGAUCGGAGUUGAACCAGGAGACAUUAUUGUUGUAGGCACCGAUGGGGUCUUCGACAACCUGUUCGACAGAGAGGUGAUACGAGUUAUAAAAUCCGGAUUGGCGCUCAGUGUAAGUGCAGAACGUAUGGCUAAUCUUAUUGCUGAUGAAGCCCUACGCAACUCAAUCAGAAGAACGAAAGAAACACCCUUCUCUAUAGCAUGUAGAAAGGCAGGAAAGCGCCGAAAAGGAGGCAAGAAAGACGAUAUCACGGUGGUGGUUAUGUGCAUUCUUGAGGCUGACGAUUAA